AUGCGAACUUUAUCAACCAACCCAAGGAGGGCCGGGGUGGUUCUGGCAAUGGUCCCUGUCAUUGUUAACGCAGCGCCUGCAGCGACUGCUAUCCGCAGGCGAGACGACGACGACGAUGACGAUGACGACGACGAUGAUGAUGACGAUGACGACGAUGAUAAGAAGGAUAGGAAGGAUAAAUUCACAUCAAUCGACUUGGGUUUCAGCUUCACAACCAUUGAAGGGGCUAAGCCUAUCGAACCCACAUCUGCACCACCACCACGACAGACUCGACCUCCCAUAGAAGAAGGCCCACAGUUUGGAUCCGUAAAACCAUCACCUGAGGUUACUACUUCUUCACCUUCUGCCAAACCAACAACUGGUCCGCAAUUUGGUGCCGUACCUGGUGAAGAUGAGAAUGAAAGGGAACGAGAAACGACUAGCUCUCGACGUAGAACGACGACAACCACAACAACGUCGAUAGAGCCUGAAACCACUGAGCCUUCGAAUACUUCUCCUGAGAUUAACACUGCACUUCCUGGUGAAACAAAUGGAGCUAAUGCUUCGCCUACACCUCAAGUCGGUGAAUCGGCUGACCAUAUUCGUAUGGAAAUCGGUAUUGGUCUUGGUGUCCUUGGUUUCUUUCUCAUCCUGUCUGUCGCAAUCUUCCUUUGGCUCAAGCGUCGAAGAAGGGGCAAUGGUUCCAUGUGGGGCGCCGUUAAGAGCAUAGGCCGAAGCAGAAGGAAUGAAGACCGUGGUCCAAUCGAACCCAAUAUGUCGCAGACAUACGAAUCCCGUGCCAUGGGAGACCGUAAUGAAUGGCCAGCAGUUCCAGACGCCGCAAUCCUAAGCUAUGGCGAUGUUAAACGUCUCUCUGAAUCGAUGUCCGAUGAGAGCUUCACUUCCUUGAGACGUAAAUACACCAUCUCUAGAUCCAUUGAUAUCCCAGUAGCCAAACCGUCCCCGCCCCCACCCAGAGGACGAACUAGCAGUACCAGCAGUUACGUAACCAUGACUGUCGCCGGCCAUCUUCCUCACAUUUCCAGCUCGGGUUUCGACGAUUCCUUCCUUGAAAACAUCGAUGAACAUCCAAAUCAUACUUUCAGAGACCCCUUCGCAGACCCCUACUCCCCAACUACUUCGUCCAUGCCACCAGCUCCAUCACCACUCCGCUUCCCUGUCAAACCGAUUGCACCCAUCCAAACAGGUCGUGUCAGGGCAAUGCACAAGUACAAUGCCAGCGAUGAAACCCUCGAGUUAACCGAUCCUCGCAUCUUAAGCCCCGGUGGAAGACUUGUAAUCACAAACCGUUCACGAGAAGAUUCCGUUCCAUCUCUGCCACCAUCGCCGCCCAGAAAGAGGGGAAUGAUCAGGAACAGUGGCCACGUUAUUCCUCUUCCAUUGAGAGUUAACCGUGACCAGCCCCCAAGGUUCCCUUGGAACAACCGCGAGAGUGGCCUUAGUGUCAAUUCGGAGGCCCCAGCUCGUCAUCGUGGCGUCAAGAGCUGGGUGAAUCAUGAAGUUGAAAUCAGAGAACGUUACCCAUCGAACGAGGAGGUUGAUAGCCCGCGGUACGCUCAGAGCGAGGCAACAUUGUACAACAGAUUUAGUAUUAAUAGCGGGAUGGACACCAGGCGCACGGAGUAUGAGUACUACAGUCGUUAG